UGGCCAUGGCCCGGAGACGGGCCUCUUGGGGGUGGUUGCCCCAUCUGCUGCUCCUGGGGUGUCAUAGGGAAGAGACAGGUCAGUCGGGAAGGCCUGGGGCUGAUAGCACUGGCAGGAAGGAAUGCCACUUCGCUGAGUGAGUGUGGCCCAGGGACACGUCACGCCCCGCCCCCUGCCUGUCAUGGGGGUGUGGCGGGGCCUCUCCAGCCGUCCUUUCCCCCUGCCCAGCCUGGCAUCAGCACAGUCCACACUCAGCUCACCUUGUACCUGACAGGCCUCGGGACAGCAGGGAAGGCAAUGGAGACUUCAGGAUCCUCCUCCCAGACUCCAGACCACAGUCAAGUCCACGGAAAUACAGAAGAUGUCGUCUAUGGAGAGACAGAUUUCCACAAGCAAGACAGGGAGGCUGGACUCUCUCCUCAAAAACAGUAUAAGAGAGACAAGUCUUCUUCCUCCUCCUCUUCAUCUUCCUCUUCCUCCUCUUCAUCCUCGUCCUCCUCUGCUUCAGAGAGCAGUGAUGAGGACCAGCACCCCAGAAAAACCAGAAAACAUCGGCAGAGUCGGGGGGCUGGACACUCCCACAGGGGCGGCUCACCGGGUGCUGAGCAUGGGGAGCCUGAACUUUUGAAGGAUGAGCUUCAACUCUACAGAGGUGCUCCUGGGGAGGUGGUGCCCUCUGGAGAGUCAGGGCUCCGAAGGAGAGGCUCAGACCCAGCAAGUGGAGAAAUGGAGGAGGUCUCUCAGUUAAGAAGACUGAAUAUAAAGAAAGAUGAUGAGUUUUUCCACUUCGUCCUCCUCUGCUUUGCAAUUGGGGCCUUGCUGGUGUGUUAUCACUAUUACGCAGACUGGUUCAUGUCCCUUGGGGUUGGCCUGCUCACCUUCGCCUCCCUGGAGACCGUUGGCAUCUACUUCGGUCUGGUGUACCGGAUCCACCGAGUCCUGCAAGGCUUCAUCCCCCUCUUCCAGAAGCUCAGGCUGAUCGGGUUCAGGAGGACUGACUGAGGCCAGUGCCCGGCGGGCAGCCAGGCCCAGCCCUAGUGUGACCGGUGUGGCAUCCGAAGCACAGAGCGACAUUCUGGGAGACAUGUGGGCAGGCCAGGCUAGAGCAAUAAAGAGAGCUCUUUUCCUUC